UGACACUAAGCUCCCUCCAUCGCCGCAUGACUCGCCGAUCCAGACCUUCGCCUCUCCAGCAGCAAUAAUAUCUAUCCUCCACCCACCUUCCACAGCCAUAAACCAACCCUCACAAUAAACUACACAACACCUCACAAUCACAAGACCCAUAACCAGACAACCACAAGAGAAAACAAAAGUAUUCAAACAACAUAAUGUCCUCCAACGUCGGCCUCUCCACCCCCCGAGGCAGCGGCACCUCCGGCUACGUACAACGCAACUUCGCAUUCAUGAAGCCGCGCAACGCCGGGUACGGCGCGCCCUACCCACCCAUCAGCGGCGCGAACUCCUCCUCCGAUCACCCGUUAGACAAGCCCUUCAAGCAGCGACAACCCGACAAGCAGAUCCUGGAACAUGAUCGGCGGCGCGCAAUUGAAGUGAAGGUUAUGGAGGAGAGGGAGAGGUUGGAGGAGGAGAAUGAGAGGAUCGAGGAGGAGAGAUCCAAGAAGAAGAAGGGAUCUAAGAAUAAGAAGGAUGAUGAGGUGAAGAAGGAGGAGGGUGAGGAGGAUGAGGAUGAUGAGGGUGGUGAAGAGAAGGUGUUGACGGAGGAGGAGAUUGAUGAGAGGUGUGAGGCGUUGAGGAAGAGGUUGGUUAGGGAGAUGGAGGAGGAGGAAAAGGAGAGGGAACGUGGGAAUGGUGGUGGUGGUGGUGGUGGUGGUGCAGGGAGACGCGGUCGUAGGGCGUGGGAUUUGCCGCCUAAGGAGAGACGCCAGUUUAAGAGUUAUCAGGUGCAUGAGUUGGCGGAGGCGAAGAUUGAGGAGAGUGAGAGGUUGAGGAGGGCGUUGGGGAUUAAGGAGGAGAAAUAGGUUGUUCAUGUUCUUCUUUUUGUUCUUUUAUUAUAUGGUGUUAGUGGUUGGUAUCAUGGGUGCUGGUUACGUUUUAUUAUUGUUAUUGCUACGGCAGAUUCAUCCUCUGGAGGUAUUGGGAUAAGCAGAUUAUUGCAUCAUCAUCACUUUUGUAAUUGUAAGCGUCUGGUAUAUAUAUAUACAUACAUUAUGCGACGAAUUUUUCUAUCACCCAU